AAUUUUAUUGUUUUAUUUGAUUUCGCUGUGUAAAAGUAUGUGUGCGCGUGUAUUUAUACAUAUGUAUAUAUAAUGUAUACCCAGUCAGCAUCGUUGAGAACAUGAGUUCUUUAAGUUGUCAUUCUAAGAGACAUCUUUGAAACGAGCUCUUUAUGUUGUCUAUUUGUAGAGAUGUCUAAUAAGAGAACUCGCACUGUUAUCCUUAGAAAGAAAUAUAAAAGAUGUCAUGGAAACGAGAUCAUAAUGUGUUCUCAGUAUAGUCGAUAACCUCGGUCAUUCCGAAGGGGACAGUCGUCAGGUGCACAACGAUUGUCCCGAGUUUCUUUUUUCAAUUUGUUAUUUAACUUGUUAUUUCGUAUUUCAUUCACUUUUGCAAUUGGCCGUAUCGAACCUGAAAGGGAUUGGGUGCCAUUAAACACUACGAAGAAGAAGAAGAAGAUAACCUCGGUAUAUUAGCUAGAUUUUAUAACCUGCAAAACUGUUAUUGUGAAUGUCAGAAUGUCUUUCCGCAAAGAUUUUAAAAGCCUGUCAGCAAGUCAAAAAAACAGAAGACUCCGUAAAGUUUGUGAGUUGCAUAAUUGCAUGCAACUCAAAGUGAAAAUAUUGAAGUUGCUCAAAGUGAAAAUAUUAAAAAUAACCUAUGUGCAAGCACAUCCUGUUAUAUGAGGGGCUCGCCAGGCGGCGCCUCAGACGUGCGUGCGCGACCAGGAAGUUACGAGGCGUACACGUGAUAAUAAAGUACAAUAUCGAUAAUGUAUAUACGUGUCCUUAUAUCAAUCACCAAACACCAUAACAUGGCGCAGUCGGUGUAACCCACGUGCAAAUUUAUUAGUCAUAACCACAUUAUAGCACGACCGGCAGAAAUCGUGUGGACAAGAAAAGCGGGAGGUUAGAAACGGAGAGAUAACGUGAUUCAAAAUGGAAUCACUACAGCAACCAAAAAACAUAAGCAUAUUAGAUGAGUAUCCCGAAUUGUUUUCGGGCAUAGGUAAGAUUAAAUAUAAACCUUAUAAAUUUCAGUUGAAGGAAAAUUAUAAAGCGGUAGCAGUUCCAUGCCGUAAAGUACCUUUUCAAACAAGGAAGGCUUUAAAAAAAGAAAUAGCUAAGAUGGUGAAAGAUAAGAUUAUUACAAAGGCUAUCUUGCGAGUAUCGGCGCUUUGGUUAAUUGAAUUAUUAACCUUAUUUCCCAUUAUUGCCUUAAACGGAAAGCUGUUCUGUUCCGCAAAAAGAAGAAGAGUUAGGCUCGGGCUCGAUUUCAUCAUCAUCAUCUCUCUCUCUCUCUCUCUACAGAAGGUGCGAAAAGCCAGUUUAUUAAGAUUUGUUUCGUGUUAUUAUUACAAAAUUAGGAGCAUUAGAAAACUCAAAGAAAUACUUCUUCCAAUGGUGAAGCAACUUAUAGUACACUUCCGACUAUCGAAAGUAUCUCAUAUGGAAGGUGUUCCCAAACUUCCAGUUGACAGUGAUGAAAAUUUGGAAGAAUUCGAAAGGUUUUUGGAUACUAAUACAAAUUUUGAGUACAUGGUUAAUACUUUAAGCAUAUCAGGUGGCACAACUGUUUCUCAAAUCAGUAGAAGGACUCUGGAAAAAAUAAUUACAAAUAAUUAUGCUUUAAAUUUUAACGGCAGGAAGAACACCGAAGAAAUCUUUCAAGAUUCUUAAAAUAAAGGACUUAGUCAUAGCUAUUGUCAAGGUUAUUGAACCAAAUGCUGCAAUAUAUGAUAUAGAAAAGUCCAUAAAAGAUUGGCUCAAAUUAGCACCUCUUCGUGUAACCUUAGCCGAUUCCAGGGCAUUGAAGACAAAUUCAAGAAAAGUAUAAUUUCUCAUCGUUUCAGUUUCGAUAUUAAUGUUUAUUUUGUAUUUACAUAUUUCUAUCCAUUCCAUUUCAAGAAUUUGAGAUUUAUUAUUUAGUAAUUUGCAGGACAAUUAGGAAUAUGUAUUAUCAUAGUAUUCUGCAAUGUACUCGCACUCGCCACUGAAACGUGUUCUCAUUGAAGCAUUAAAAUAAGUAUAUAUCUCUUUACCACCUAAUAAUGUAUCGCAAAGAUGACCGAUAGUAUAAAAGCACUGUUAAUUGUUUUGUUAUAAUGUUAUGCGUAAUACAAUUAUGUAAUUAAAAAUUAAAACCAAAAUCGAUAAAAACUUUUAGUUUAAAAACUUACAUUUAAAACUUAAAUUUAAAACUUAGUACAUAUAUGUAUACGCAAUGUGCAAUAUUAUAUACUUUUACAUAUUUUUAGUUGGCGAUGUUCUUGAUACUUUGACGGUGGUAAAAAGAUAUAACAAAAAUUAUAUACUUUAAUACCAUAAAUUAUCAGUAACAGUUUAGCAUUUUAUUUUAUAAUGUUUCAGUUUUAUAUUAUGUAUUAGUUUAAUAUUACAUUAACAUUUAGUUUAUUUUGUAGCUUGUGUAUGUAAUGCUUUUACAACUUUUAUAUGCGUUAAUUUAUUUUAUUUUAACGUUGUUAUUUACUCUUUAAACAUUAAGUAUCACAUUUAUUCUCAUUUAUAAUACUAAAAACAUCGUACUUUUAAGUUGUACCAACAUUUUCCUUAUAAAACAUAUACAAAAAAAACCUGAAGUUUUAGUACAAAUGUACAAUUCUAAAUUGUGUUGUAUUUCUAAAAUAUAUUAUUUAUAAUUA